AUGACACCUAAAUUAGAUCCAAAAGCUGCCAUUCAAAAUAUAAGCAAUUUGUACGAAAUAAUAUUUAAUCAUCCAAAAGAAUCAGUUGAUAAAGAAAUAAAAUCAUUCGUUAAAGAAUUUGAAGCUACGAGAAACAAUCGUGAAUCAGAAAACCUUGCAAAAUGUGUUAAAUUUAUCCAAGAUUCACCUAACAGAUUAAUAGAUGGAAAAGAACAUAUGGAAAAGAAUAUUAAUGAUGUGAAUGAAAAGUUGAAAAAGUCAAAAUCAGAAUUUGAAUCAUUAUUAAAUGAAUUAAACGAAUUAAAACAGCAAGAUAAACCAGAUCACUAUUCAACGGAACGUGAAAAGUUUUUGAAAGAGUUGGAUAAAAAACGGAAAGAUUUUGAGAUAGAGAUGAAUGGUAGGGAACAAGAAUUGAUAAAAGAGUAUCGAUUAAAGAUGGAAGAGGGAUUAAGAGGUGCCCCAGAAACUACAUAG